AGCUGCAUCCGUGUUCCAAGCAUGCCUUUAUUGGCUGCCGUGGCCCAUGGACUCUGUCACGACUCUUCCCAUGCCUCCCUAAAAUCCAAAGAGUUUUGUGAAGGAAGAAUGGUGGGACAGCCCUAUGGAGUGCCAAGGGGCGACUGGUGGCAGCAGCUGCGGGGCAGGCAGUUGGCUGGCCAACGGGCAGAUUGGCAGAUUCGUGGUUGGCCAACGGAGCGUGGUUGGCCAGCGGGCGUGGUUGGCCAGCGAGCGUGGUUGGCCAGCGGGCGUGGUUGGCCUACGGAUACGGUUGGCCUACGGAUACGGUUGGCCUACGGAGCUGGUUGGCCUACGGAUACGGUUGGCCUACGGAAGACUGGUUGGCCUACGGAACUGUGCCAGGCGAGGUCCAAUUGGCGGAACGGGCUGGAAGGCGCCCGAAGCUUCCAGAGGCAACUGGGGCGCGCGGGAAGCUGCCAGAGACUUCUGGUUGGCCAACGAAAAUUCCAGGGGAGUCUGGUUGGCCUACGAAAAUUCCAGAAGGCACCAGAACGGGCCAGUAGCGCCCAGAACGGGCCAGUAGCGCCCAGAAUUGGCCAGAAUUGGCCAGAACAGCCCAGAAACUUCCAGAAACUGGUUGGCCAGCAGAUUCAACCAAGCCAAGUGGGUCCCACAGGCAGUUCAGCCACCAUGUCCAGAAUUCUCUGCAGGGUGAGAAAUUACCAAAAAGUCCCUGAAAGUUCUAGAGAGGCAAUCUUAGCCACACAUUGGAGAAUGCAUCUCCACCACACAUUAAGGAGGUGGGAUGCCUAUAAAUAGCCACCUAGGGAAUUCAUUUGUAGAUAG